AUGGAGGAGCUCUCCAAGAAGGCUCCGGCACCAAGCUUGCUUUCGCUGUGCCUGGACGCGGUCGCUGCUCGUCUCAUCAGCGACAACGCCGGCGCAGGCGGAGGCGUGGGCCGAACUGGUUGUGCAGGAGGGUGCAGCGGCGGCGGCGAUCUCGGCGGGUUCUCGGAAGAUGACGGAGGGGAGGCAGACGAGGACCGCCUGCAACCGGAGGAGGUGGCGGAGGGGCUUCCCUGGGAGCUUCUCCAUCGGCUGGCGUCCCGGCUCUCGCCUGUCGCACUCGAGUCACUCCAUCACGCCGCCCAUGCCCGGUGCUGCUCUUCUGCUAAAACUACUUCUGGACUUGGAGUGCAAGAUGGAGACAGACGUGGGGUGAAACGUUCAAGGUGUGAAGAUUUCAACACCACUUGGCAAUUAUUGUUCAAACUUCGCUGGCCCCUUGGUGGUAACGCUGGACAUAAUAGCUUGGUCACUGUGGACUGGCAGCAAAAGUAUUGGGAAAAGCAUUUACAGGAGUACGCAAUCAGUGGUUUGUGA